AUGGAGUCAGUCCUCUGUUGUUAUCCUCUGGAUGGAGUCAGUCCCGUGUCCCCUCUGGAUGGAGUCAGUCCUCUGUUGUUAUCCCUCUGGAUGGAGUCAGUCCUCUGUUGUUAUCCCUCUGGAUGGAGUCAGGCCUGUGUUUAUCCCCUGGAUGGGCACCCGGUGGUCUUUUUUAUACCUCGGUUUGGAGUCCAGUCCUCUGUUGGUUAUCCCUCUGGAUGGAGUCAGUCCUUGUUGUUAUCCCUCUGGAUGGAGCAGUCCUCUGUUGGUAUCCCUUGGAUGGAUCAGUCCUCUGUUGUUAUCCCUCGGGAUGGAGUCAGUAUUUCUGUUGUUUAUCCCUCUGGAUGGAGUCGUCCUCUGUUGUUAUCCCUCUGGAUGGAGUCAGUCCUUGUUUUAUCCCUCUGGAUGGAGUCAGCCCUCUGUUUACCUCUGGAUGGAGUCAGUCCCGUUGUUAUCCCUUGGGGGGAGUCAGUCCUCUGUUGUUAUCCCUCUGGAUAGAGUCAGUCCUCUGUUGUUAUCCCUCUGGAUGGAGUCAGUCCUCUGUUGUUAUCCCUCUGGAUGGAGUCAGUCCUCUGUUAUCCCUCUGGAUGGAGUCAGUCCUCUGUUGUUAUCCCUCUGGAUGGAGUCAGUCCUCUGUUGUUAUCCCUCUGGAUGGAGUCAGUCCUCUGUUAUCCCUCUGGAUGGAGUCAGUCCUCUACAGCUUAUCAUGAGGUAUUCUAACUCAGUCAAGCAGAACCCAGAGACUUCCUUAAUAUUACAGAUUGGGUACCAGCUGUUAUUGACAAAUAGACACAGACCACCACCCCUCGUCUUACCGGAGGCAGCUGUUCUGUCUUGCCGAUGCACGGAAAACCCAGCCAACUGUAUGUUAUCCAUGUCCUCGUUCAGCCACGACUCGGUGAAACAUAAGAUAUUACAGUUUUUAAUGUCCCGUUGAUAGGACAUUCUCCAGUGGUUGCCCGUUGGCCAAUAGAACGGAGGGAAGAGGCCUCCAAAGUUAAAGCCAAGUGCAGCUCAGUUCACUGACAUCAUAGAUAGCACUGGACCCCUUAGCAACUGUGGAAUCAGUAUCUGGUGUCAACUCAGAUGUUUGAUGCAUGGUUGCAGUGCCAGCACAUCAUCACUGGGGUUGGUAGGGGUGAUCAGGUGGGGCGGAUGGGACUUGCAUAAAUUACCCAUUUUGCUGAUAUGUGUGAAUAGAUUGGAUCUUCUUCGUACCUGUGCUAUGCAUAUUAAAUUAAAUCACAUUUUAUUGGUCGCAUACAUCAUAUUUAGCAGAUGUUAUUGCGGGUGUAGUGAAAUGCUUGUGUUCCUAGCUCCAACAGUGCAGUAAUAUCUAACAAUACACACACACACAUCUAAAAAAUAUAAAUAAAUAUUAGAACGAGCAAUGUCACAGUCUGGAAUAUAAAUGUACAGGAUGGUGUGUAUAGACAUUAUGGACAGUAUAUGAUAGAAAAGGUGUGUUCAGCAGUAGUUAUAUAGGAUGAGCCUUGACUAGAAUUCAGUAUAUAUUAAUUGCAUAGCCUACAUUUUCUUGUUGUGUGUGUGUGUGUGUGUGUGUGUGGUGUGUGUGUGUGUGUGUGUGUGUGUGUGUGUGUGUGUGUGUGUUGUGUGUGUGUGUGUGUGUCCAUACCUGUGUCUGUGUCCCAGUGUUCCACUUGUCCCAGAGAGAUGUGAUUCUGCAGGGCCUGGUGCUAUCUGAUGUGAUUCUGCAGGGCCUGGUGCUAUCUGAUGUGAUUCUGCAGGGCCUGGUGCUAUCUGGUGUGAUUAUGCAGUGCCUGGUGCUAUCUGAUGUGAUUCUGCAGGGCCUGGUGCUAUCUGAUGUGAUUCUGCAGGGCCUGGUGCUAUCUGGUGUGAUUAUGCAGGGCCUGGUGCUAUCUGAUGUGAUUCUGCAGGGCCUGGUGCUAUCUGAUGUGAUUCUGCAGGGCCUGGUGCUAUCUGAUGUGAUUCUGCAGGGCCUGGUGCUAUCUGAUGUGAUUCUGCUGGGCCUGGUGCUAUCUGAUGUGAUCUGCAGGGCUGGUGCUAUCAUAUGAUUCUGCAGGCCUGGUGCAUCUGAUGUGAUUUGCGGGGCCUGGUGCUAUCUGAUGUGUUUCUGCAGGCUGGUGCUAUCUGAUGUGUUUUAAGGGCCUGGUGCUAUCUGAUGUAUGUACGUUAUGAUGUAUUUAAAGGGGUCUGUGUACCCUCUCCUUCCUUCUACUCCUUUUUUCCAAUUUUUCCUAUAUUUAGGCUCCUUGUCUUAAUUUAGGAUAAUAAUAAAAAAUGGGAUGUUAUAAGUUCACCCUUUUGUCUACAUUGGGGAAAUUAAUACUUAAUUAUUGGUAUCUUAAAUUGUCUCUCUUUCUAAAAUAAUGCAACUGUAGUUAAGGGGAUAAUGAAAUAUAUAUUCAAUAGAUUUACCGUCCAGUAUAAUUGUAGCCAGGGCUAUAAAAGUUAAGAUUAUUUAGAUGAAAUGACUUAGCCAUCCAUGUUGUCCACAUGGGGACAACAGGAAAGCUUCUUAAAAAAAGCAACUUCGUCUAUGCAAUAAUCAUGAAGAGCGACGAUGAUACGCGCAAUGGGGGUCAACUCUCCUUUGUCCUCUCUCCUCUCCUUCCUCUCCUCCCUCUCCUCUUCCUCCUCUCCUCUAGCUCACCUUCUGCUCUUCCUGGUCCUUUCUUCUCAGUGUUCCACUUCUCCCAGCGGUUCACCACGGUGGUUCCAGAGAGCUGUAUGUUGAUCCUGCUGGGUCUGGUGCUGGGUGGCAUAGUACUGCUGGCCAGUAAGAAACAACUGUACCAGCUAGAGCCCGGUCUGUUCUUCCUCUUCCUCCUGCCCACCAUCGUAGGUAGGUGCCUUCUCUCUGGGGGAAUCUCCACUACUGCUCACAAGUCAGCAGCUCAUUGAACCCCGUCUACCCUGUAUCCUGUGCAUAUGACAGAUCCUCUUUGAUUUGAUUUAGGUGACGCCGGGUAUUUCAUGCCCGCAAGGCUCUUCUUUGACAAUCUGGGAACCAUCCUACUGUAUGCUGUGGUGGGAACACUCUGGAAUGCCUUCUGUACCGGCUUCUGCCUCUACGGGGUUAAACUGCUGGGGAUCAUAGGUGAGUAAAAGCUGCUGGGGAUCAGAGGUGAGUCAAGCUGCUGGGGAUCAGAGGUGAGUCAAGCUGCUGGGGGUCGGAGGUGAGUCAAGCUGCUGGGGAUCGGAGGCGAGUCAAGCUGCUGGGGUUCAGAGGUGAGUCAAGCUGCUGGGGUUCAGAGGUGAGUCAAGCUGCUGGGGAUCAGAGGUGAGUCAAGCUGCUGGGGAUCAGAGGUGAGUCAAGCUGCUGGGGAACAGCGGUGAGUCAAGCUGCUGGGGUUCAGAGGUGAGUUAAGCUGCUGGGGUUCAGAGGUGAGUCAAGCUCCUGGGGAUCGGAGGUGAGUCAAGCUGCUGGGGGUCGGAGGUGAGUCAAGCUGCUGGGGAUCGGAGGUGAGUGGUUGUGGGUCAGAGGUGAGUGGUUGUGGGUCAGAGGUGAGUGGUUGGGGGUCAGAGGUGAGUGGUUGGGGUUAGGUUAGGGGUCAUGGUUAGGGAGCCUGAUGUAGCUCAGUUGGUAGAGCAUGGUGUUUGCAACGCCAGGGUUGUGGGUUUGAUUCCCACGGGGGGCCAGAAUGAAAAAUAAAUACAAAUAAAAUGUAUGCACUCACUAACUGUAAGUGGCUCUGGAUAAGAGCGUCUGCUAAAUGACGUAAAUGUAAAUGGAGCCAUCCUACUGAAUGCUGUGGUGGGAACCUCUGGAGUGCCUUCUCUACGGAGGAAGCCCUUUACACUCACUUUCCACUUGAAAAUGGCAGAUUUCGUCAUUGAUAAGCACCUAAAUUGGAACGCAGUGGCUGGACAGUAACACGCUAUACAUGACGUCAGAGCUCAGUGUCUGGACAGUAACAUGCUAUACAUGAGGUCAGAGCUCAGUGGCUGGACAGUAACAUGCUAUACAUGAUGACGUCAGAGCUCAGUGGCUAUACAGUAACAUGCUAUACAUGACGUCAGAGCUCAGUGGCUGUACAGUAACAUGCUAUACAUGAUGACGUCAGAGCUCAGUGGCUAUACAGUAACAUGCUAUACAUGACGUCAGAGCUCAGUGGCUGCACAGUAACACACUAUACAUGACGUCAGAGCUCAGUGGCUGGACAGUAACACGCUAUACAUGACGUCAGAGCUCAGUGUCUGGACAGUAACAUGCUAUACAUGACGUCAGAGCUCAGUGGCUGGACAGUAACACGCUAUACAUGAGGUCAGAGCUCAGUGGCUAUACAGUAACAUGCUAUACAUGACGUCAGAGCUCAGUGUCUGGACAGUAACAUGCUAUACAUGAGGUCAGAGCUCAGUGGCUAUACAGUAACAUGCUAUACAUGACGUCAGAGGUCAGUGGCUGGACAGUAACAUGCUAUAUAUGACGUCAGAGCUCAGUGGCUGUACAGUAACAUGCUAUACAUGAUGACGUCAGAGCUCAGUGGCUGGACAGUAACAUGCUAUACAUGAGGUCAGAGCUCAGUGGCUAUACAGUAACAUGCUAUACAUGACGUCAGAGGUCAGUGGCUGGACAGUAACAUGCUAUAUAUGACGUCAGAGCUCAGUGGCUGUACAGUAACAUGCUAUACAUGAUGACGUCAGAGCUCAGUGGCUGGACAGUAACAUGCUAUGACAUGAGGUCAGAGCUCAGUGGCUAUACAGUAAACAUGCUAUACAUGACGUCAGAGGUCAGUGGCUGGACAGUAACACGCUAUAAUGACGUCAGAGCUCAGUGGCUGUACAGUAACAUGCUAUACAUGAUGACGUCAGAGCUCAGUGGCUGCGACAGUAACAUGCUAUACAUGACGUCAGGCUCAGUGGCUGGACAGUAACAUGCUAUACAUGACGUCAGAGCUCAGUGGCUGUACAGUAACAUGCUAUACAUGACGUCAGAGCUCAGUUGUCUGGACAGUAACAUGCUAUACAUGACAUCAGAGCUCAGUGGCUGGACAGUAACACGCUAUACAUGACGUCAGAGGUCAGUGGCUGGACAGUACAUGCUAUACAUGAGUUCAGAGCUCAGUGGACUGGACAGUUAACAUGCUAUACAUGAAGUCAGAGCUCAGUGGCUGGGACAGUUAACAUGACUUAAUGGUACAUGACGGUCAGAGCUCAGUGGCUGCAUGGACAGUAACAUGACCUAUAACAUGACGGUGCCGAGCCAUCCAGUGGCCUGUACAGCUAACAUUGCUAUUUCCAUGAGGUCAGCGCUCAGUGGCUGGACAGUUAACAUAGCUAUACAUGAUUGUCUAGGCUUCAGUGGCUGCGACAUAGACAUGCCUAUACAUGAGGUCAGAAGCUCAGUGGCAUGUUUACAGUAACCUGCUUAUACAUGACGUCAGAGCUCAGUGUCUGGACAGUAACAUGCUAUACAUGACGUCAGAGGUCAGUGGCUGGACAGUAACAUGCUAUACAUGACGUCAGAGCUCAGUGGCUGGACAGUAACACGCUAUACAUGACGUCAGAGCUCAGUGGCUGGACAGUAACAUGCUAUACAUGACGUCAGAGGUCAGUGGCUGUACAGUAACAUGCUAUACAUGAGGUCAGAGGUCAGUGGCUGGACAGUAACACGCUAUACAUGACGUCAGAGGUCAGUGGCUGGACAGUAACAUGCUAUACAUGAGGUCAGACCUCCGGCGCUGCCCUUCACAGCUCUGUCUGGGUUUUGACUGACAGACGUUGUGAACUUGAGCACCUCGCGCGACAGGAAGUUACCCUCAUCCCUCCUGCUGAUUGGGUAACUUUUGCACAUUUAGUUGUUGUCUGAGUGAGGGGAAAUGCUGUAAGUGGUCCUCUGUAGCUCAGUUGGUAGAGCAUGGCGCUUGUUACGCCAGGGUAGUGGGUUCGAUCCCCGGGACCACCAAUACGUAAAAAUGUAUGCACACAUGACUGUAAGUCGCUUUGGAUAAAAGCGUCUGCUAAAUGGCUUAUUAUUAUUAUUAUUAUUAUUAUUAUUAUUAUUAUAAAUCGAGAGGAGUCUGUGUGUUCUGAAAGAUGAGAUGUUGAGGAUUAGAAUAAGUACCGCUUUGGUGUCAUGCAAACCAAACACCUGUGAGUCCAAAGGUGCACUUCACAUUUCAGCCUGCUGUGCUUUGAAAACUCAUUUAAUUUACAGUGUCAACGUUUAUGAUCGUUGUGUUUUGAUCCACAGUUACAAGGAUGACAUGCGUUACACCCUGGGAUGACAUGCGUUACACCCUGGGAUGACAUGCGUUACACCCUGGGAUGACAUGCGUUACACCCUGGGAUGACAUGCGUUACACCCUGGGAUGACAUGCGUUACACCCUGGGAUGACAUGCGUUACACCCUGGGAUGACAGCGUUACACCCUGGGAUGACAUGCGUUACCACCCUGGGAUGACAUGCGUUACACCCUGGGAUGAACAUGGUUUUAUACAGCCAAACAGGCUGUAUCCUGACAGUUUUAGACAGUAGCCAACAGGCUGUAUCCUGACAGUUUUAGACAGUAGCCAAACGGCUGUACCCUGACAGUUUUAGACAGGUAGCAAUAGGCUGUAUCCUGACAGUUUUAGACAGUAGCCAACAGGCUGUAUCCUGACAGUUUUAGACAGUAGCCAACAGGCUGUAUCCUGACAGUAGCCAACAGGCUGUAUCCUGACAGUUUUUAGACAGUAGCCACAGGCUGUAUCCUGACAGUGUUUAGACAUAGCCAACAGGCUGUAUCCUGACAGUUUUAGACAGUAGCCAACAGGCUGUAUCCUGACAGUUUUAGACAGUAGCCAACAGGCUGUAUCCUGACAGUUUUAGACAGUAGCCAACAGGCUGUAUCCUGACAGUUUUAGACAGUAGCCAACAGGCUGUAUCUGACAGUUUAGAACAGUAGCCAACAGGCUGGUAUCCUGACAGUUUUAGGACAGUAGCCAACAGGCUGUAUCCUGACAGUUGUUAGACAGUAGCCAACAGGCUGUACCCUGACAGUUUUAGACAGUAGGCCAACAGGCUGUAUCCUGACAGUUUUAGACAGUAGCCAACAGGCUGUAUCAAGACAGUUUUAGACAGUAGCCAACAGGCUGUAUCCUAGACAGUUUUAGACAGUAGCCACAGGCUUGUAUCAAGACGUUUUAGACAGUAGCCAACAGGCUGUAUCCUGACAGUUUUAGACAGUAGCCAAUAGGCUGUAUCCUGACAGUUUUAGACAGUAGCCAACAGGCUGUACCCUGACAGUUUUAGACAGUAGCCAACAGGCUGUAUCCUGACAGUUUUAGACAGUAGCCAACAGGCUGUAUCCUGACAGUUUUAGACAGUAGCCAACAGGCUGUACCCUGACAGUUUUAGACAGUAGCCAACAGGCUGUAUCCUGACAGUUUUAGACAGUAGCCAACAGGUUAUUGUGGCUAUCUGAGCAUAAUAUAGGAGUCACAACAAAACCAAUGGAGAAAAUCCCAUAACAUUUUCACAUGGAAAUAUCUUUUGAUAUCUAUGAUAUAGCCUACAGUAGCCUCUGGUGUUCAGUGCAGUUCUACAUUGCAUGAGACGUUUUUACAUGAUGAAGGACUUGACAUUAAUUAAUGAUUUUUUUUACUUGGUCUGUAACACCAGGGGCCAAAUAGGUGACUGUAAAUUACAUUGUAUUGUGUUGUAUGAUGCAAGAAACCACUUUACUAAAUAACAUGUAUUAUUACCAUACAGAGAAUUAGACAAUGUAGGCUACCCUGCUGCCUAUUGGCGUAUUUGCAUAUUCAAGCCUGUCUCAAAAUACACAACACUGUCAGCUUGACAUACCAUCACCUGCACCAUCACAUUGUUAGCUUUGUGAUGGCUAAGGUCAAGAGGGUGAUCAUGUCUGUUUGCGAGACAGAGGAUCCAGUGUGGAAUACCAGGUUAGGCUCAUGAAGAAGGAAGCAGUACUAUAAAGCAAACAGCAUGAUGCCCGUUACACCACUAUGCUAACUGAUGUCCAUUCAUUCCCCUUGGUGUCUCUGCGUGUUCAGAUCAGAGGGUGCAGGCAGGUCUGAUGUGUCUCUGUGUGUUCAGAUCAGAAGGUGCAGGCAGGUCUGAUGUGUCUCUGUGUGUUCAGAUCAGAAGGUGCAGGCAGGUCUGAUGUGUCUCUGUGUGUUCAGAUCAGAGGGUGCAGGCAGGUCUGAUGUGUCUCUGUGUGUUCAGAUCAGAAGGUGCAGGCAGGUCUGAUGUGUCUCUGUGUGUUCAGAUCAGAAUGUGCAGGCAGGUCUGAUGUGUCUCUGUGUGUUCAGAUCAGAAGGUGCAGGCAGGUCUGAUGUGUCUCUGCGUGUUCAGAUCAGAGGGUGCAGGCAGGGUCUGAUGUGUCUCUGUGUGUUCAGAUCAGAAGGUGCAGGCAGGUCUGAUGUGUCUCUGCGUGUUCAGAUCAGAGGGUGCAGGCAGGUCUGAUGUGUCUCUGUGUGUUCAGAUCAGAAGGUGCAGGCAGGUCUGAUGUGUCUCUGCGUGUUCAGAUCAGAGGGUGCAGGCAGGUCUGAUGUGUCUCUGUGUGUUCAGAUCAGAAGGUGCAGGCAGGUCUGAUGUGUCUCUGCGUGUUCAGAUCAGAGGGUGCAGGCAGGUCUGAUGUGUCUCUGUGUGUUCAGAUCAGAAGGUGCAGGCAGGUCUGAUGUGUCUCUGCGUGUUCAGAUCAGAGGGUGCAGGCAGGUCUGAUGUGUCUCUGUGUGUUCAGAUCAGAGGGUGCAGGCAGGUCUGGUGUGUCUCUGUGUGUUCAGAUCAGAGGGUGCAGGCAGGUCUGAUGUGUCUCUGUGUGUUCAGAUCAGAGGGUGCAGGCAGGUCUGAUGUGUCCCUGUGUGUUCAGAUCAGAAGGUGCAGGCAGGUCUGAUGUGUCCCUGUGUGUUCAGAUCAGAAGGUGCAGGCAGGUCUGAUGUGUAUCUGUGUGUUCAGAUCAGAAGGUGCAGGCAGGUCUGAUGUGUCCCUGUGUGUUCAGAUCAGAAGAUGCAGGCAGGUGUGAUUUGUCCCUGUGUGUUCAGAUCAGAGGGUGCAGGCAGGUCUGAUGUGUCUCUGUGUGUUCAGAUCAGAAGGUGCAGGCAGGUCUGAUGUGUCUCUGUGUGUUCAGAUCAGAAGGUGCAGGCAGGUCUGAUGUGUCUCUGUGUGUUCAGAUCAGAAGGUGCAGGCAGGUCUGAUGUGUCUCUGUGUGUUCAGAUCAGAAGGUGCAGGCAGGUCUGAUGGAGUUCCUGUUGUUUGGAGCGUUGAUCUCUGCGGUGGACCCGGUAGCGGUGCUGGCCGUGUUCGAGGAGGUCCAAGUCAACGAGACCCUCUUCAUCAUCGUGUUCGGAGAGUCCCUGCUUAACGACGCCGUCACCGUGGUGAGUCCCUGCUUAACGACGCCGUCACCGUGGUGAGUCCCUGCUUAACGACGCAGUCACCGUGGUGAGUCACCUGGAAGUCCGAUGACAGUCACACAGAUGACACUUUCCCGCUCACGCUACAUACACACACCAGGAACCAUAGAGACAGGGAAGCUUUGAAGGUCAGUGUGUGGGUACAUACACACACCAGGAACCAUAGAGACAGGGAAGCUUUGAAGGUCAGUGUGUGGGUACAUACACACACCAGGAACCAUAGAGACAGGGAAGCUUUGAAGGUCAGUGUGUGGGUACAUACACACACCAGGAACCAUAGAGACAGGGGAAGCUUUGAAGGUCAGUGUGUGGGUACAUACACACACCAGGAACCAUAGAGACAGGGAAGCUUUGAAGUCAAGUGUGUGGGUACAUACACACACCAGGAACCAUAGAGACAGGGAAGCUUUGAAGGUCAGUGUGUGGGUACAUACACACACCAGGAACCAUAGAGACAGGGAAGCUUUGAAGGUCAGUGUGUGGGUACAUACACACACCCAGGAACCAUAGAGACAGGGAAGCUUUGAAGGUCAGUGUGUGGGUACAUACACACACCAGGAAACCAUAGAGACAGGGGAAGCUUUGAAGGUCAGUGUGUGUGUGUGGGGGGGGGGGGGGGCUGGAUAGAGCAGCUGGACAGUAUCAACCUGUUUCCCAAAUGGCAUCCUAUUCCCUAUUUAGUGCACUAGUUUUGACCAGGGCCCAUCUUUUGACCUAUGGGCUCUGCAGAGUCUAAAGUAGUGCACUAUAUAGGGAAUAGGGUGCCAUUCUCUGGUCUAAAGUAGUACACUAUAUAGGGAAUAGGGUGCCAUUCUCUGGUCUAAAGUAGUGCACUAUAUAGGGAAUAGGGUGCCAUUCUCUGGUCUAAAGUAGUGCACUAUAUAGGGAAUAGGGUGCCAUUUGGGACGUUACCAUUGAGGCACAACUGGAGUUCUGAAGGGGAGGGGAGGGAUGACCUAUUGCAGGCUCACGAUCACACCUCUACACCAGCUGGAGUUCUGAAGGGGAGGGGAGGGAUGACCUAUUGCAGGCUCACGAUCACACCUCUACACCAGCUGGAGUUCUGAAGGGGAGGGGAGGGAUGACCUAUUGCAGGCUCACGAUCACACCUCUACACCAGCUGGGUUCUGAAGGGGAGGGGAGGGAUGACCUAUUGCAGGCUCACGAUCACACCUCUACACCAGCUGGGUUCUGA